CAAACCGCACACCGGCACAGAAAAGUCGAUAUGAAGUACGUGCUUGUGUCUGGCGGCGUCAUCAGCGGCGUGGGGAAGGGCAUCAUAGCCUCCUCGACGGGCCUCCUGCUCAAGACGAUUGGCCUCAAGGUCUCGUCCAUCAAGGUGGACCCGUACCUCAAUGUCGACGCGGGGACUAUGAAUCCGAAGGAGCACGGUGAAGUGUUUGUCCUCUCCGACGGCGGCGAAGUCGAUCUCGAUCUCGGCAACUACGAGCGCUACCUCAACAUCACCCUCACGCGCGAGAACAACAUCACGACUGGCAAGAUCUACGAGCAUGUUAUCCAGCGCGAGCGACGGGGUGACUACUUGGGUAAAACUGUGCAGGUUGUCCCGCAUAUUACCGACGCGAUCCAGGAUUGGAUUGAGAAGGUCGCGCGUAUCCCAGUUGACGAUACGAAUGAGGAGCCGGAUGUGUGCAUUAUCGAACUUGGAGGCACGGUUGGCGAUAUUGAGAGCAUGCCGUUUGUCGAGGCUAUGACGAGCUUAAGGCGGAGGGCGGGAAAGAAUAACUUCCUCCAGAUCCAUGUAUCGUAUGUGCCCGUCAUCAAUGGGGAGCAGAAGACAAAGCCGACCCAGCAGGCUAUUAAGGCUGUGCGGAGUGCUGGCCUGAUUCCGGAUCUGAUUGCCUGCCGCUGCGAACGCGCCCUCGAGCCCUCGGCCGUGGACAAAAUCGCCCACUUCUGCCAAGUCGACGUCGAGCAAGUCGUUGUAGUCCGAGACAUGCCAUCCAUAUACCAAGUCCCCAUACUCCUCGAACAGCAGGGUCUUAUCGAGCUCCUCCGCCCCAUCCUCAAUCUCUCCUCCCUCACCCUCCCACCAAACCUCGUGGCUAAAGGCCGCCACACCUGGGCACAAUGGAAAACCCUCACCUCAACUGAAAACCGCUUCUUCGACACCGUCACCAUCGUCCUCGUCGGCAAAUACAUCGAACUCCAUGACUCCUACCUGUCCGUCAUAAAAUCCCUGGAGCACUCCGCCAUGCGCUGUCGUCGCAAGCUCGACCUUCAAUGGGUUGAUUCUGAGCACCUGGAAUCCAGAACCGGCAACUCCGAUCCCGCUAAAUUUCACAAAGCCUGGCACUCGCUGUGCACGGCGUCGGGUAUCCUGGUACCGGGUGGUUUCGGCCAACGCGGCACAGAAGGCAUGAUCGCGGCUGCGAAAUGGGCCCGCGAGAACAAGACGCCGUAUCUUGGGAUUUGUCUGGGUAUGCAGAUUGCAGUUAUCGAAGCUGCGAGGAACUGUUGCGGUCUGGAUUCCGCUACGUCGGAGGAGUUUGAUGCGGAUGCAAAGGACAAGGUUAUCAUGUUCAUGCCGGAGGUCGACAAGAAAACAAUGGGCGCAACUAUGCGGCUAGGCUUGCGUCCCACGCUCUUCCAACCCGGAUCCGAAUGGUCACGCCUCCGCGCUCUCUACGCAGGCAAUACGGAAAUCCUGGAGCGCCACCGGCACCGGUAUGAAGUCAAUCCGGCAUAUAUCGAAACGUUGGAGAGAGGGGGUUUGAGCUUUGUGGGCAAGGAUACGCAAGGUGAGAGGAUGGAGGUGGUGGAGAUUCGGGAGCAUCCGUGGUUUGUGGGCGUGCAGUUUCACCCUGAAUAUUUAAGUAGAGUGUUGGAUCCUAGUAAGCCGUAUUUGGGGUUUGUGGCGGCGAGUGCGGGUGUGCUUGGAGAGGUUACGAGGGAGGCGGGGAAUGGGAAUGGGAUUGGAGGAAGCAUGGAGGGAUUGGUGAAUGGAGUUAAGGGAUUGGGUGUUAGUGAGGAGGGGCCGCUGUUUUAGGGAUAUGUGAAACAUUGGUGGGUGGCUGUUGUGGACUGAUUGUUUCACUACUCAGGACAGGGUAUGCGGGAGUUUGGGCGGCCAUAUAUUAUUAGAGAAGAAUCUGUCUUUCGUUUGACGGGAUUCCGGACAAGUAGACAUAUCAAGCGCACUUACUACCC